AUGGACUCGAGCACAGUCUACAGCAUCGUCCGAACUCACUACGGCGAUCUAGCCACCCGGCCUUCAAAACUCGAAGUAUCACAUGAAAAAAUCGCGAAAGUAUUCGGAUACGAACCCUCUGAGCUACACUCCAUCCCGCAAGAUGCAAAUCUCGGCGUAGGAUGCGGGAACCCGCCGGCCUUGACCAAGUUGCGUAAGGGCGAAACAGUCGUGGACCUUGGCAGUGGUGGGGCUUUGGAUGUCAUCCUAGCAGCCCGUAAGGUCGGGAUACAGGGGAGGGCUAUUGGUGUGGAUAUGACAAGGAGUAUGGUUGAUCUGGCUCAGAGGAAUGCUGAAGAAGCCGCUAUCCCGUUACCGGAUUCUACUGCAAACUGCGUAAUCAGUAACUCCGUGGUGAAUCUUGUCCCCACGGCUGAGAAGUCUUGUGUGUUUCAUGAGAUGUUCCGCUUGUUGGUGUCUGGUGGACGGGUGGCUAUUAGUGAUCUUCUUGCCAAGAAGGAUCUUCCGCGUGGGCUGGCCAGUGACAUGGCUUUGUAUCUUGGAUGUAUUGCGGGCGCGAGCAGGGUUUACGAAUAUGAGGAGUACUUGCGUGAUGCGGGGUUCAAAGAUAUCCUGAUCGUGGAUACUGACAAGGAUCUUAAGGUCUACAAAGACCUUGCUGAGUCUCAAUCGGGGGAUUCAGUGGGUUGA